ACGGUUGACUGCUGGCCCUGAAAUCAGCUCAGUGCUUGGGUGCAAAACCAAAUGCGUCUCUUUUUUAGCAGCUUACUUCUGCCGCAUUUGUUACACCUUCUCCAGUGCUCCGAUACUUUCAUCAUUGACUGACUCUAACAGCCCUGAGAGACAAUUUGGAUAACACUCUCAUUUUCCCACCUCCCUCUCUUGCUGUGCCUGGUGUCAAAGGUGAUGGUAUCAUUUUCUAAGAGAGGACUCCUCGGGUGAUGGUAUGUUUUUCCGGAGGUAGAGACCACAUUUGGAAACGUGCUAGGUUUUCCACAAAUAUUUAUUUAUUCUGCUUCUACCUUCACUUUGGCUCAAACAUGGCUCUAUACUCUCGGUUCGUGGUCGUGCUGCUCUACGGAUGGAGUUAUCUGUGCGUUGGAUACUGCGCGAUGCUGAAAACAGACAGUUUCCCCGACAAACGAAAGGUGGAUUUUACGCAUUCAGAGGAUAAAAAGCACCCUGCGAAAGACGACCAGGAUCUUCUUUUACAGGAUACAAUGACGGAACACAUGCAGAUGCUUUACGCGAAGUACAACCAGGCUGGAUUUCCCUUCAAGGACGGCAACACUGUCCGCAGUUUCAAAGCGCAAUGGGGUACAAUAAACAACAAGCAGCUGCAGAUUUUCAACCUCACUGCCCUCACCAAAUCAGAAGACGUUUUGUCUGCCACUCUUCAUUACUACAUCGGAGACCUUCAGAACAGAACCCAGGGCUGCUCCAGGUCCAAAAGCUGUGGUCGCCACGGCCCCCGCAGGCAUAACCAUAUCCACAUGGUCAUUUGGAGUUUUGCCUCGGUGGAUAACAAGAUAAGGACUCUUGGACACUUCCGGAUCAAUGUGUCCACCCUCUACAGGGACUUCAUAUCUUGGCAGUGGAAGGACAUAACUCGCGUGGUCAACCAGGCCAAACACCACGACGAGCUGCUCAUAGGGAUCGAUGUGGCUUCACAAGGGCCCCAGCAGUGGAAGAAGCUCCUAUCUGACCGCUCACCCUACAUCUUGGUUUACGCCAAUGACUCUGCCAUUUCAGAACCUGAAAGUGUGGUAGCCACCCUCCAGAGACACCACUCGGUGGGAGGAGAAGGCUCCAUUUCCCAACUGCGUGAGCGAAACAAUACUGAACAAGAACAACCACAGGCCAGAAACAAGCGCUCAGUGAAUGUUCUGCUCCCGUUGCAAAACAAUGAACUCCCCGGGCCGGAGUAUCCAUACGAGACGACCGGGUGGGAUGAGACGAGUCCGUACGAACCUUUUGAAAACAAGCAGGCCCGUCGCCCACGUAAAAAGACACGCAAGAAUCAGCGGCACAAGAUGCCUUUGCUUCAGUUUGACGAGCACACGAUUAAAAAGGCGCGAAAGAAGCAGUGGAACGAACCCAGGAACUGUGCUCGGAGAUACCUGAAAGUUGACUUUGCUGACAUUGGAUGGAGUGAAUGGAUUAUAUCACCAAAGUCGUUUGAUGCCUACUACUGCUCAGGGUCUUGUCAGUUCCCCAUGCCAAAGGCUCUGAAGCCCUCUAACCAUGCCACCAUCCAGAGCAUUGUGCGGGCGGUGGGCGUCGUCCCCGGCAUUCCAGAGCCAUGCUGUGUCCCAGAGAAGAUGUCUUCCCUCAGCAUCCUCUUCUUCGAUGAAGACAAGAACGUGGUGCUGAAAGUGUACCCCAACAUGACUGUAGAUUCUUGUGCCUGUAGAUAGUUCCUUUUCCCCCCUCUAAAAAGUCUGUUCAUACAAAACUCAGCAAAGAAGAAGAAAUGCAGUCAAAACGACACUCUCACUUCCUGUUCCCUUAGUCUUUUUAUCUUUCACUUCCAAACAUCCCUUUGAACCCAACUUCCGUUUUGCACUGGAGGAUAGUCCUGCCUGUUGUUCCAGGUGAAGAGAAGACUGGUCUGUUCAUGGGAACCAAUGGAUCCUGUGAGUUAUCCUCGUGGCAGAUAACGCUGGAUGGAAAGUCAAAUCUCCAUGCUCCCAUUUCACCACUUUAUGUCUUUACCAUCGCUGCUCAACUAUCCGUCAGGCGAUGAAUGAAUCACAAACUCAGUAUCAAGAUAUGCAAAUGGUGAUCGAGGCACAAUAGAGGCAAGAACUGCAGAAAAAGUCUCUUUUCAGCUCUAACUGAUGUGGAUCAUUCUCAUCUUUCUCUCCUUUACAGCUUGAAGUUGUCAUUACCACCAAGUCUAUGCUCGCACUUGCAUGGUUUUUGUUACUAUUUGUAUCUAUUUAUGUCUGUACUAUCACUGUGUUAUUCACUAUAUGAGAAGUUAUUGUAUAAUUAUUGGCUUGGCUGCUAUAGAGAGAUAUAUUAGAUUCCAAAGCCAGAAUUGUGAUGUAGACGGUACAGUAGAUAGCCGUACAUAUUUGUGUUUAGCUCCGUUGUUGUACAGAACCCACAUUUUUAAGAGUUUAUUAUGUUCGGAAGUGUAAGCUACUUUUCAUUCGUGGUCUUCGUUGGACAGUUGGAAUUGGGGAGUUUUAAUAAUAGUUCGCCAAGAUAAGGUUUGAUAAGCAAUCAUCACUUUCCAAAAAUAUAAAGGGAUACAGCAUAUCAAAAGGAUAAACAUUGAACAAGGGAUGUCACUGUGUGUUUUUAACAAGUGUGAAACCAUACGACUAAAUGCUCUGAUAAGCUCAGAAAGAAUGAAAAUCAUACAGUCAUAAAAUCUUGGCAGGCAUAAGGGAUUAAUAAAAAGGCAAGUUUGAGUCUUAACAACCUUGUUUUUGGUAUUUAGUUUAGUACAAUUUGCCAUUGCAUUCUGUUCAAAAGUAUUUACAGUGAAGGAUAACAUUUAUGAAAAAACGUUCAUAAACUGCCAGAAACUACAUUGGCUGACCCAUGCAAGCACACUACAGCGACCCAAAACACUUUCAUUAAUAGAAAGGCCCUGCACUUCAUCACAAAUGUGCAAAAACACAUGCAAAUGAAGACAAAUCUACAGCAACUCUAUAACAUUUGCGCAGCGUUAAUACAACAUUUGCCAGCUUCUUAGCACGCUUUACUCAAAAAAUAGCAAAAAGCUGCAAGGAGCUCAGAACUAAACGUAAACGGGGACACUAGUGAUGCACACAGCUGGUACAGGAGCGCUUGUUGACAUUCAGGGAUAAUAAAAUUGGACAACUGUCACUGUCAAUGACUAAUUUAGCUACAUUAGCUAGCUGGCUAACAAUAGAAGCGAAAUAAUAUCGGAAGGAAUUAUGUUAUGACAUUGUUUGAAAAAAAACCCCCCAAAAAACAUACAUGUUAGGUAAAUUUCGAGGUGACGGUGAGAAUUGGUCAACUUUAUAAUCCCUGAAUUUUUACAAGCGCUCCGGUCCCAGCUGUGCGCAACACUUUUUAGUAUCCCCGUUUCCGUUGUGUUUUGAGCUUCUUGCAGCGCUUUUAGUAAACGCUGCGCAGGUUUUCACCAAGUUGGUGAAUGUUUUCUAAUUGCUGCCCAUGAUGUUUCUUCAUGCAUGUGUUUCUGCACAUUUGUGUUUUUUUAUUUGUAUGUUUUUUUUUAAUCUUGCAGUGCAUUUCUCCUAAUGGAAGUGUUUCGGGCCGUUAUAACGCCAGCCACCGUAAGAAUCCUUUAGAAAGAUCUUCUUUAAAAUAAAAGAAGUCUGUAUCAAGUCAAUAUACGCUGCUGAACUUGACAUGACCUUACACCUCCUUAUUUAUGGGUUGAGGUUAGAUUUGGAACAAUAGUCGUUGAAAAAUUUCACUAACAAGUUUGAGAUGGGCUAAAAAAUAUAAUUGUUUUUUCUGCUCCCAAAAAUGUGUAGUGGUCCUGUGUCUGCAAAUUGAAAAGUAAAUGUGACUAUACAUAAAAAACAAAAAUGAUGAGCAAUACUUAUAAUAUAUGAAAAGAUCGAAAAGAUCUGAUCUAUUUCUGGGUAACAUAAGCCUUUAAUAUUACUGUAUAGAGCGGAUUUAUAUAAAUAAUUAUGAGGGGUCUUUUUCGAUCACAUUUGAUUCGAAAAGCAGUUGCUUUGUCACAGUGUUGCGUUGAUGGGGUGUGUAUUAUCAUCAGAGUUCAUAAAACCAAAUAUUUAUUCAGAGCAAAUAGACUGAAAUAUAACAGCAAACUUUUUUUAUAUAGACUUGUACAUUGUUUUUGUAUAUAGUUCACGAUAUGAUGAUGAUAUUAUAAUGUGUCUUUGAGAUAGAAGUGCCUUUUGAAUGGGUGGAUUCCUGCUUUUCAAAGUGUUUGAUUUGAUUCAUGGCCUUUUCAGAGCUCAGUUUGUAAUGAAGUCAAAGCAAGCAGCCUGGAAUAGUUAUUUUUAUGGUACAAAAUAGUCAACAAUUUGUGAACAUAGUGCAUAUUCCUUUGAAAAGUGUAUUACAAUUAAUUCACUAUUUUGAUAUUUCAGAGACAUUUAUUUUGUGUUAGAUUUUUAACUUUAUAUAUUUUGUAUUGACACUUUUUUUCCAGUUUGUGCUUCUUCAUAUUGUGCCAAUACAGAUUUUAUCAAUGUGUGUUAGAAUCAAAUGGCAUCCACUGGUUGUGCCAGUACAACAUUGCAGACUGCUGACAAGUUGUUUUCGGGGCCUUUCUUUUUACGUAUUUGAACACGUUUCUAAAUGUGUUUUGGAGUACAAAUAUGGAAGACCCUUAUAUACCGCACAUAUCAGCAGUUUAUAAAAGCUUGCUCACCGUUCAACGCUAUCUUGUAAAUGUUAUGCUGUAGGUAAACAAAUAAAUGCUUGUACAAUAGGCUUCAUAAAAUAUAUUUGUAUAUGGAAAUGACCUUUAACAUGCAUCUAUUUAUUUUCUGUAUGUUGCAUAUCUUGAACAGGUGUGGCCUGGCACAGGGGACAAAAGCUCUGAUAUGUCGAUGGUUUUUAUAUCUGUGAUGGACAUCUGUCACUACUGAUGUACAAGUGUGGUGAACCGCUUUAAAGGUCCCCCAUCUGCGCUCUGACCAGCCUUACAAAGCAUUCAAAGAAAUGAAUAAAAGUAUGCAAGACUCAGCUCUAUCAACACUUUUUUAUUUUGGUUUUCAAGCCUGAUGUUGAAUCGUAGGCACGCAAAACAUAAAUCCAAAAAUUUAAAAUUGUAGUUGCACUAUCUCUCCUAUUAUACCAUUCUAGAAUAUUUCUGAAUUCACUAGCAAUGCUAAUGGCCUUCGCUAGCCUAGUACCUUGCUACCCAAAACCCUAAUUGAUUUUCAAAAUGAAGUCAGACAUGAGUUUCCCAUGUAGUGGUUCAGUGACAUGUAGAGAUAUUAGGAUUGUUUUAAGCCUGAAUGCAUUCACCAGGAUUAAAAAGCGAACAUCAGGCUAUAAAAGAACUAUAUCAGGGUCACAUCACUGCGUGUCACCAACGCUAAGCUAAAGGCUAACUCAUGUUCUCAUUGAUGAUGUUUUUUGGUCUUAUUUAGGUUUCAGGCAUUCCCAAACAGGACAGGACCUGUUAGUGAAAAACUUUAGAUUUGACUGUCUCUCCGGUUGUAGAUUCAGAGCUUUGUGGGAAGUUUAGAAAAUGUGCACAUCAUUUUUUUCUAAAGCUAGCCAUGGACCUUACCAGCAAAACCAGUUUAUUGAUGACAUUAGGGCUGUAGCAAACAGUUUUGAACCUUCACUUAUUAACAUUCCUAUUCCAUAUCAGCAUUUAAAUGUUGCACUGCUUUUUUGUCUUUAUUAGCACGUCUAUUCAUGUGUUUGCGUCUUGUAUUUCUGCACAGUUGCAGAUAAAUACAAGCCUGCACAAUGGUUGCAGAACUAGAUUCCAGUGGCGUCUGCAAAAGGAUUGUUCCCAAGUCGUGUGACACAAACAUUUCCAAUAACUGUCAAGUGAAAAUGUAUUAAAAGAUGCUGUCCAACUAAA